CUGUUUAAUACAUUGCUUUGUUCCCACUGUCCAUAGCAAUUAACCUUCGAUGCUAGGGAACUUUUCACGAAAUUAACUUGUGCACGAUGCCUGGAGCUACGCUUGAGGAGGGCGAGGUUGAGGAAGGUGAAGUACACGAGGACAAGCCCGCCGAAUUGGAGGAAUCUGGCGAGGCCUCUGGUUGCGAGGGCCAAGACAACGAAAACGAACACGGCACAUCGGCUUUAGAUACCUACCAGCAGUCUCAGCAGCAGUCACAGAUGCCGGGGCCGCCUCUUUCUUCGCUUCAAGCAGCGGCACACCCACCCGGCUUUUCUCCAGGGCCGGCUCGUAGCGGACGGACACCUGAGCCUUUGCUUGUGGCCACCGGUUCGGACGCUGGCGUUGGGCUGACCUCAUCUAAGGCCCGCUCCCGCCAAGAGCUAAGCAGUGCAGGUCGCAUUCGCCUGAAGACGACAGAGGGCCAGUCAUCGUCUCAAGGAGGCCAGGGUUCGCAGCCGCUGUCGCCGCGGGCGCAGCAGCAGCAGCAGGUGGCAGCAAGUACGGCAAAGAGCGAUCGAGAGGCAGAGGAGCUCAUAGCGCAGCUGCGCGACCUAACACGCGGGAGCAGCUUCCAGGACGUCAUGCGCUCACUAGGCACCGUCUGCAGGGACCUGAAGACGGCCAUUAAGAAGCUUGAUAAGCUAUUCCGCAGGGUAAAGCGGCGUAAGGGCGACUCCAUAGAGGAGUACCCCGAUUGCAUCCAGUUCUCCAAGCGCAUCGUAGAGGGCCUGCACACGGUCAACAAAUUCAGCCAGACCAGCGCGUUCCAGGCAGCCCCGCCAGCCGCCACGGAUGCCGCACGCGCACUCUUCACAGCUGCCAUGAACUACCGCCACGACAUCCUCAGCCCCUCGCUCAAAGCGGAACUGGAAGCGCUCGUGCGUAACAGCAAGGCGUUCAAAUGUGUCCUGGAGAACCGCCGUACCGCUGCAGCAAAUACCCCUGCUGGAGCGGCCGCCGCGGCUGGUGGUGGUGGUGGUGCGGGUCCUGCUGCUAGCACCAGUCCGCAGCAGCAGGGACAGCAACAGCAGAGUGCGGGAAUGGGCGACGGCAUUGCUGAGAGCGGUUCAGUUGCUGCGGAGGCUGCGGAAGCGGGAUCGGGAGCGAAGGAGCCGGUGACUGCGCCCGCUCAUGCAGAGGAAGCCGCGGCAGCACCAGCUGCAACUGCGGAUGCCUUGCCCGGUGAUGGAGAACGUCAGCACAGGGGCGGCGGUGACGAUGAUGAGGACCGCCAACCCUCUCCGGUGUCGCCGCUUCCGCCAAAGAUGUCCGCUGAGACCGGCGUGCUUGUCUGUCCUAAGGAUGAGCGAGCUCCGCCGGCUCCCCAAAGGCCCGGAAGCGUCUCUCCCGGACCCGAGCCGAAGUCGGAGCCGGCACCCGCAUCCAGCGCCAGCAUUCCGCCGCCCGUCUCACCGCCGCUUAGCACCGUUAGCGGUGAGGCCCAGGCUCAGGCGCCCCCCCCGCCGCAGUCAUCGGCAGCAACUGGUCCCGCAGCAACUGGAACUCCAGGUGGUGUCGGCGUCAGCAGUCUUGCAGGCUCGCAGCGUCGGUCCUCAGUGCCUACUGCCGGUGGUGCUGGCGGCGCAGGCGGGGGCUACAAGAUGAAGAUUGUGGUUGCAAGCACAGCUGGGGAUCUCCGUACAGCGGCAGCGGCGGCUGGGCCGACGGCGGCAUCACCGGCGGCAGCGGCAGUCCCAAUGGAAGGCGUGGAGGGCCCUGGAGGUGCCUCUGGGCAAGUGCAGGUCCGUGGCAAGUCCUCGGAGCCGGCUGCACAGGAGCGUGCGGCUGACGAGCCGCCUCCCAAGCGCAGCCGCUUCAGUGCUGAGCCGGAGGCCAGGUCAUCCGGUCGUUGGGGGGCGCCGGGGCCGCUGGCGGCGGCGGCCGCCGCCGCAGCUGCUGCAGCCGCGGCCGCAGCGGUUGACAACCGACAAGUAAGCAUGGGGCUGCAGCCGCAGCUACAGCCACAACUUUACCAUCCACACAUACCGUAUCACCAGCAGCAGUACCCCUUGCCUGUGGCUCAGCCAAACUUGCAGCCCAUUGUACAACAGCAGCCGCCUCAGCCGCCUCCUGGCUUGCCGCCAACUGUGUUGCGGUGGUCAGGCGAGCAGAACGGGGACCUGGCAUCCGUACCUGUGCCGCCGGAGUCCCCUGUGUCGGAGGACAUGGGUGAGUGGGAGCGCUCGGGUGGCCAGCAGCAGCAACAGCAGCUCCCUGCCGUGCCCUCCGUGAAGCAGGAGUCUGAUGGUGGGCCGCGUUCGGCAGCGCAGGAGCACGGCGCGACCAUGGCUGGCAGCAGUAGCAUGGCAGCGGAUUCCGGUUCCGCCGGCCAGCACUCUCAGGGGCAGCAAGCGCAUGCUGUGUCUGCGCCCAGCAGCAGCGGGCAGCAGGAACGGGAGCGGGAACGUGACAAGGAGCGCGACCGGGAGCGGGACCGAGAUCGGGAGCGGGACCGAGGUGGCAGGGACUCUAGGGAUUCUCGGGAAAAGGACUCCUCACGCGAGAAGGAGCGUGAGAAGGACAGGGAGGUGGACAAAGAUAAGGAACGGGAGCGGGAACGGCAUCGUGCCAGCAAGGACAAGGAUAAGGAGCGUGAGAAGGAGAAGGACCGCGACAAAGCGCGUGACAAGGAUAAAGAGAAGGAACGCGAUCGGGACAAGGACAAGGAACGGGACCAUGGCGGCAGCUCCUCACACCGCUCCUCCCGCCACCGCAGCGACCGAGACGCCUCCACCACGCAGCACCAAACGCCGCCGCCGGCACCGCAGCUUGAUUCCCACUCCCACCUGCACGUCAAACAGGAGCCUCCUGACUCCGCCGCGACGCCGUUGCCGCCCUCCGCGCCCGCCUCGGUAACUGCCGCCGCCGGCAGCCGACCCCGGCUGCCGGAGGAGGUAACCGCCUGCCUGGGCCGCCGCCGCCUCGUGCUGGUGGUAGACCUCGACCACGUCCUCGUCGACAGCGUCUGGGAUGCGCAUGUGGACGGCCCCACCUCCGCCACCCUCGCCCGGCGGGCCAUGGUGGAAACCGCAACCCUUCCCGAGGACCGCCGUGAGCUUUUCCGCAUGCAGCUGGACGGCGGCACGUUAUGGAUGAAGCUGCGCCCCGGUGCUCGCGGCUUCCUGGCUCGGGCCAGCGAGAGGUUCGAGCUCUGGGCGCAUACACGGCAGGGUCGGCCGUACGCGGAUGCCGUGGUGGAGCUCCUGGACCCCAGCCAGCAGCUGUUUGGCAGCCGCGUGGUGGCGCAGGGGGUGUUGGCCAAGCGGUUAUUGGCUGCGCUGGAUGCGCGCGCGCCCAUUGCUGCGGUGCUGGACACGCCAGGGUCGGAUUGGAUGGGCGAGCAGCUGGGUGGCAAUCUGGUGGCCACGCCGCCGUACUCGUUCUUUGCCUACCGGCCGUGUACGGCAGGUGUUGGCAGUACGGCGGCGGCGGGCAUGGCUGGACGUUCGCUGCUUGAGGUGGACAGGGACGAGUGCCCUAUGCGUGGCGUGCUAGCAGCCGCCCUACACGUCCUCGAUGCCCUGCACUCCCGCGUCAUCCACGCCUACACCGCCGCAUCCUCCUCCACCAGCUCCUCCACCGCCGCGGCACCGCUUACCUCCCCGACCUCAGCACCAGGGGCCGCCGCUGCAGGCGCCGGCUCAGGCGGCUCCUCGUCCCAUCAGCAGCAGUUGCAGCAGCUGGAGGUUUGGGACGUACGGCGGGUACUGCGGGAGCUGCGGACGCGCAUCUUGGCGGGUGUGCACAUCACCUUCAGUCGCGUGUUUGCCACCAACGGGCCGCAGUCGGGUCCGGCGCACCCGCUGUGGCGGCUGGCAGAGACAUGCGGCGCGGUGUGCAGCAGCAGCUGCUCCGACAACACAACGCAUGUGGUCAGCCUCAGCGGGGCUACGGAGAAGGCCAUCUGGGCGCAGCAGCACGGUCGCUUCGUUGUGUACCCCUCCUGGCUGGAGUGCUCCUGUUACUUGUGGAGCAAAGCGGAGGAGGCGCUCUUCCUUGUGUAGCCAUAAGCCUGGAAACAUGACCUUGGACAUACGCCGUGUGAAGGAAUCACCGUGAAGAGACUUGUGUGUUGCGCUUUCUGGUUGUUUUGCUAGCGAAUGGGUGGUUUAAGCAUGACGGACAUUACGCAAAAGCUGUUACUGACACUCGCGACUAAAACGAAGAAGUAGAGGCGAAGAUUCUGUGCGCCAAGCCGCAUUAAUCUGGUGAGUCUAUCCAUGCCGGUAUGGGCGCUGUAAAGCUGCUGUCUGGG